CGUUUUCUCGUCGCAACGCAAGUGCUGGUGAAAUCGGUGUGGCAAAAGUCUAUUUCAAGUGAACAGAGCUACUGCACUGCUCCGGACCGCUAUUGUAGAGGUUCGGCGCAACUGAAACACGCCUGAAAAGUAUUGAAACAAAGAGUUUCAGGGGAAAACACAUUUUCCUCAAAAUCGUAGCAUAGCGAGUGCGGACAACGUGAAAAGAAGAAAGCAAAAUCGCCAUGUUGCGUGUGGAGCUGUGAUUUCGGGGACCCAAGGCGCAGCGUGGGACUCCGAGCAUGGAUGCCCAGUUCGAGCACUUGUGCCGCAUUUGCGCGGCCAACACGAAGAGCAAAACCAAUUCCGUGGUCGAGAGUGUGUUUAUUUUCAAGACACAGGGCCUAAAGGAUAAAAUCUCGAGACACCUCUACUUAAAUGUGGCUGAGGACGAUCCCCUACCCAAGGUGCUUUGCAAGUCCUGCUACCGACAGGUGGAGGCCACGGCAUCACUCUCGAAUAUAGCCAAACACACUCAGCUCGUGUUCCGCGACUUUCUACUAAGCACAUUGCCAAAGAAUGCACGGGAAGCAGCUGCCGCUCGGAUAAGCGUGCCACCACCAGCCCCCCAAAUUCCAUCCCUGGUCGAAGAAAACCAAACACAUACUGAUGAAUUCCGUCCCAUCAUGCUGAGCCGGGUGCCGGAGACCACCAUCACAGUGUCCAAGCCCCAGGCGGGCGGUCGCCCGAAUGCAGAGCCUGUGGUGGCUAGCAAUGCCAGGGAGACACAUCGAGAAAACCCCUUGGGAACUGCAUCCUUAUGCUCUGGCAUUGGCAGAGCUCCCGGAGCAGUUAAGAGCCCAACAGUGCCAGGACGACGCAACAGCGUUUUUUUGGAUACUCGGUACGGCUCGGCUCCAAUGUCGAUAGCGCAGCGUUCUAUGCAGCAUGUUCCCUCAUUGGUGCCUCUAAAUUUCGAGGCAUUACCUUCAAAUGUCUCGAAGAAGACUCCAGACACAAACCUAUCUCCGGCAGGAGUAAUUAACUUCAUUCAGACACAUGGGCGCAUUACAGGCAGCGUGUCUGUGGCUGGAAAGGACGACAAAACCGGGACCAGUAACCGAGCGGACACCAGAAAUGUGACCACACCAUCCGUUUCUCCCACUUCUAACGUAGGCCUCGCAGGAUUGCCCAAUCUGGCCAGUAAUGUGUUUCAGCAGAAAAGUAGAAAUCUGAAAAAUACACUGAACAACAUUAAAGCUAUGCGAAGCGGACAGGUGUCUUUGCUUAAGUCGGCGCAGGAUAGGAAUCCUGUCGAUGAUAUUAGGCCACUGGUUACAACUACCAUGGUGCCUCAAUAUGGAGGGGAGCCUUCGGUGGAAGAAGCGCUGCCGGAGCACAUGAUUUUUGCUGCUCCAAAGAAGAAACGAGACGAUGAAGAAUUUGCGGUUCAAACGGCUCCGCCAAAGUUGAAGAAAGCUAUGCCAAGUGGAAAUAAGACCAUUUCGGCGACACUUGACUUAACUUCAUCGGUUGACUCGCAAGCUUUAUCCCCGACAAAAUCGAUGCCCAUUGUAAAAAGCCUCACUGAUGCAAUUUCCCUUGGAAGCGUUAUAAGGGACCCAGACUUGUUGAUGCUGAUUCUCAAGGCACUAAAGUGGCCAGUCACAGCAGAAAAUUGCGACGAGCAAAUGACUCGUUUAAAAAGUUCAAAGUUUGCUGUUAUUAUGUCUGAUAACAACCUAUUACAGGAUACGGAUCUCACACAACUUUUGGGUCCGUACUUGGCCCCCAUGCUGCCGGUGGUUCAGCCACAAGAUCAGCCUUCUCGUUCUUUGGCUAUUGCGUCAACAUCCACGACCACUUCCUUGCAGGCUGCAAAAGACGUACUAAAGCUGGCUGAUUUGUCCAGCGCAAUGCCUUACAAACUGCCACCAGAAACGUCGGUUCAGUUAGUGCCUUCCAGUCCUACGGAGCAGGAGACUCCGCCCCUGCGACACAAAAAGGCAGUUAGCGUUUCAACAGUAAAACGUCACCAACGAAAAAUGCGUGUUCGCGAAUUAUCGGCUGGGGAUAUGUCGAGCACAAUAACGUCAGUGUCAAGUUCAAAUGCAGCUCGCAUUUCACAAUUUAUAUCAAAUCCAACCGACGCGCAUAACGAGGCGUUCCGUCGGCGUCGUAGUGCUUCAGCCAGCGUAGUUAAUUUGGAAGAUAUUGUACUAGUCGAGCCACAACCUCCAUUAGAAACUGAUCCACAGACUGCGGAAUACGUCGAGAACGACUGCUUUUCGCAGCAAUCCCAAUCAGCUAUAACUACAGGACCACGACAAAAUUUUAAAAGGCGCAAGGCUAUCAUUCAGUCUUUAAAGAAAUCUGAAUCCACAGCGCGUAAGGAGGGCGAACUUUCUAGUAUAAAAAAUCCGAAAGAUGUAUGUCCAAGUACAAAAGCAAUUGUAUCAGGGCAAUCAAAGAAAAUUAUUUCCGAGGAGGAAUCGGCCAUUAAAAAAUCUUCGAGUGAACCUUCCCAAGCACCCACAAGUACUGUUCCAGAAGCCACAUUCGACCCCAACGCUAUUUCCACAAGUGCGGAAGAACUUCCAAAAGUUGCUGAGACGGCCUUAGAUAAUGGAGCCAGCGAGGGUAGUGAUGAUAGCAAAGCAGGCUCGGUGACCAAUCGCAAGUCGGAAGUAAAGGCUGUACUCGGGCAGAAGCUUUUGGAGGCAAUCGGUCUCCCUCAGCUUGGAAAGGACGUAGCGCCUGAGAGCUCGCGCGAUACCCUUAGAAGCGCGCUGAAACGCUCUAUAAAACAGGCUCAGGAGCAACAGCGCCAACUAAAGCGUGGCAAGCAUGAAGAACCUGUAAAGCAGCUAGCUGAUUCUACGACUAAGCUAAGCGCGGCAGAAUCCGCGGAUGAGCAUAAGAAAGCCAUUGCUGAACGAGAGCUUGCUUUGCUGAGUCGUGGGUCAAAAGUUGGGGAAGAAAGCAAGAUUUCCGUUAAGGAAGACAAGUCAGAACGGACUGAUGUUAGUUCUUCCUCAUCUCGAAACCGCCGAAGUCGCAAAUCAAAGACAGAUGCUACAGUAGAAGAUUCUGGCGAUGAAGAAAAAAAAACCAAUAGGUGGGAUGAAGAUGACGACUUGCCAUUGAAGACAGAUGCUGAAAAAGCUUCGGAACGGAGUAGCAGCAGCAGCAGCAGCAAUCGUCCGACGCGCACCAGUAAAACGUUGUCGAAGUAUUAUAAGGGACCAUCUCCUAAAUCACAGCAUGCCAUGGGAACGCGCUCAACACGGCAGCGUUGAAAUAUUGUUUGCCAAAAGCAAAUCGGAUUUUACUUCACGUAUAAAAUAUGUGGACUUAAUUUGGAAAAAAUUUAAAAUACAUAGCUUAAGUCCCUUUAUGAUACAAGUUUAACUGUGUACAAUGUACACGCAAAUUUAAAACUAUUUUAGUUAUAUUAUCCUUACAUUAGCCGUUUCUGGAGUUCACAAACCGUACAGAGUUCAGAAUAGUAAAACUAUUUGAAAAUGUAAAAGUUCUGAGAUACGUCUAAAUAUGUAUAUCUGAAAAUUAUCCUGCACUAACGUACUUCUUGAAUUUUUGUAUUUAUACAAUGUAGUCUAUACACUGUAAACUUAAAAGCUAAAAUAUGCUCUUUAGAAAGCUGAUCGGAAAAUAUUUGAAAGGAUAAGUUUUGUGGUUUAAACGCAAUGGUAUUUUACAUAAGCAGCUUAGCUUAAAUAAUAAUUUUGAUUUCAAGCCGUCCAUGUCGAUUACCAAUUCGGACAGAGCUUUACAACAAUGUACAUAUGUAAUGAUAACCACUGAAGAAUUCUUUUCUUGAUGUUACACAUGUUUUUCAUGUUUGCAGUCCAUAAACUGAUUUUACGUAAGAAAAUGGGCCCCAUUUGAAAAAUGUUUCUUUUCCUUUAUUUCUUUGCGCUGAAACAAAUAAAAAAUAUAUCUUUUUCUAA